CGUCUGAGCUGUGAAGCAGUUCCCGCCAAAGUUCGGUCAAUCCAACUUCCUCUACAUGUGCCCGCUUCUGCUGCUGCUGACGCCUCGUCUCCCAGGAUACCCUCUGCAGGCUACUCCAGCAUUGUGAGUCAGUCAGAUGGGCUCCCAUUGACCGUGGAGUUGGUUAGUUUCCCCAGCGUGGCCCUUGUGUGGUCCUGCUUUGGGCCCUCGUGUCUUCGCCAUCAAUGCAGUCACCUGUGGAUAGAUCAACAGAUGAGUCUCUGAAUCAGCUCCAUGAUGGAUUUCGCUCCGGCUGCUACGUAGCCGCAAAGUGGGAGGGACUGCCCAUCUCAAGCCUUUCCAUUGGUUUUACAGCCCGCACGGCGGAGGGGGGGUGCCUCUAAUCAUAUCCAGCAUGUUUUGCACAAGAAAUGUCAGCCAGAAAGGGCUAUCUUCUCCCCUCGCCAAAAUACACCACAAUAAUGUCAUGUUCGGACACCCCGUCAGGAAAUGCGUUUUUAGUGGAUUCUCUGAUCAGUGGCCGCAGCGAAAGCGCCGGAGGUCACUACACAGGGAGCACGCUGUGCGUGCCCCAUAGCACCGCAGCUACUGAAGUGCCUUACGGACUACACAACUAUGGAUACUUCCCAGCUGUGGGUAAGCGCGGCGAGGUGGGUCCCCAGAACAUGAUUUCUGGCUCAGGAGCGUACAUGUCCAGCAUGGAGAUGUGGAUGGACGCGCAGAGGUCAUGUCGUAUGGACCAAGAGCACCAGGCGGGUCCUCAGGUCGCGCCCUGCUCGUUCCCGCAGAACAUUAAGGAAGAAAGCACCUACUGCCUGUAUGAGCAGCCCAAAUGCCCUAAAGCCUCCACCGCCGAGGAUCUCACAUAUUCGAGGUUAACGACAGCCGGCCUCGGCUCGAGUUCUUGUACAGUUACCGAUGGCGGCGGCGGUGGCGGGGGCUCAGUGCCUGUGCCGGGCUACUUCCGCUUGUCUCAGACGCACGCACAUUCUCAUAAACUUUACAACACCAACGGCCCCCAGCCGAACCCUUCCCAUUCUCAUUUUGGCCUACACCCCGCUGCUCCCGCUCGCUUCCAUACGCCACCGACUCCGACUUCUGCUCCAGCCACGGCGCAGGAAGGGAGGAACACCGAGGAGCCCGCGUCCUCGGGAAACGCAGACCUGCAGCCUCGCCCUGGACCAGGGGCCGCGGAGUCACGCGAGUCCUCGGAUGCAGAACCCUCCUCUGGCGACGAGACGGAAGAACAUGUUAAGAGAGGACCAACAAAAGCCAGCAAAGGAGACACAAAAAGUGAAAACACAGCCAACUGGCUGACAGCGAAAAGUGGCCGGAAGAAACGUUGUCCAUACACCAAGCACCAGACACUGGAACUGGAGAAGGAGUUCCUCUUCAACAUGUACCUGACCCGAGAGCGCCGCCUAGAGAUCAGUAAAAGCGUCCACCUGACGGACAGACAGGUUAAGAUCUGGUUCCAGAACCGCAGGAUGAAACUGAAGAAAAUGACGCGGGAGAACAGGAUCCGGGAGCUCACCUCCAACUACGGAUUUUCAUGAUGAACGAGGUGAUCACAUUGAAAUAGAAGAAAACGGGUAAAAUCAAUGGCACCCGUCCUCCCUCAUUACUAUGUCCGCAUUAAUGACUCAUUUCACUGUGGGGGACAACUCUCAUUUUAUUAGCAGACACAGCCAGUGCAUCAUCCUAUGUGAGCCACUGAGGAAGGGAAAAAAGAAAAAUAUUGAAUGUUAAGGGUAACAAUUGAUUUUUUAUGACGUGUUUUUGUAUUGUAGACUUGUUCCUGUGUGUUGGAUAGUGUAAAUGAAGAUAAAUGAACACAAUUCAAAAAGGAGGCUUAAUUCGUCCACAUUCCCUCAACUAUUGAAAACUAUGAUUUUUAUAAACUUAAUCCAAAACUAUCAAUUGAUUUUAUUGAAUUGGAAUUGCAUGAUUUCACGUUUCCCACAUUUUAAAAGUAUUUUAACCCCCCAUGGAAUAUAAUGCCCAUGUAUCACCAAGGGAAGGAUAAUUCACAUAUGAAAACUAGCUGUAGUUUCCCAUGAAAUAGAACUAUAAUGUGUACGAGCUAAAUGUAGAUUUGAAAUCUGUAUUCACGUUGAGGACGUUUACACGAGAACGAUGCGCAAAGUGAAGAGGAAUAUUUUUAUUGUAUAUUUCUUUGUACAUAUGACAUUGUGUUUUUGUCUAAUGCCUAAUAAAUUAUCAGCUCGCA